UUUUUUGAAAAUCUCUCUCAAAACCAAACCAAACACACCAAGACUCUCUUCAACCACCAUGCAGCACAGCCAGAGUCUCUUCAACCACCACAUAGCGUUUAAGCUUUAUUGGAAAGAGUAUAUAUGAAUUCGAACCCUCAUUUUUGCGCGUAAGCUUAAUCUCUAAUGGAGCCUCCAAUUCUAUCUCUUUCGGAUUUUUAUGCGUCUCUCCUCCAAACAAGCCUCAAGACCAAGAACCCAUUUGCCGGAAAAUCGAUUCACGCUCAGAUUAUCAAAUCCGGGCUUCAAUUAAGUGUGUUUUUGAUGAACAAUCUGAUCAAUUUCUAUGCUAAAAGUGGGCACAUUUCUGAUGCCCACCAAGUUUUCGAUGAAAUGCCUAUGAAGAACGCAUCGUCUUCGAAUACACUUCUAUCAGCUUAUGCAAAACAGGGCAAGAUUGAUUUAGCGUACCAGGUUUUUGACGAAAUGCCUGAGCCUGAUUCGGUUUCGUGGACUGCGAUGAUCAUAGGUUAUAAACAGAUGGGUUGUGUUGAAAAUGGGAUUAAAAUGUUUCUAGAUAUGAUUUCUUGUAGAGUUUUGCCAACCCAGUUCACAAUUACAAAUAUUCUUGCUUCAUGUGCUGGUGUAGAAGCUUUGGCUAUUGGUAGGAAGAUUCACUCAUUUGUUGUUAAACUUGGGCUCAGUAGCUAUGUCAGUGUAGCUAAUUCCCUCCUCAACAUGUACGCAAAGUCUGGCGAUCCAAGGACCGCGAAGACUGUUUUUGAUAGGAUAAAGUUGAAGAGUGUAUCAAGUUGGAACGCUAUGGUUUCGUUGCAUAUGCAAUCUGGGAAGCUAGAUCUUGCUCUGGCCCAGUUCGAACAAAUGUGCGAACGGGAUGUAGUUUCGUGGAAUUCAAUGAUUGCAGGUUACAAUCAGCAUGGAUUCGAUCUUCAGGCGUUGGAUAUGUUCUCAAGAAUGUUAAAGAACACUUCUUUAAAGCCCGAUAAGUUCACAUUGGCAAGUGUUUUGUCAGCUUGUGCCAAUCUCGAGGAGUUGAAUCUUGGAAAACAAAUUCAUGCUCAUAUUAUUAGAACUGAAUUCAAUUCUUCUGGGCCAGUUGAAAAUGCUUUGAUUUUCAUGUAUUCCAAGUCAGGUGGGGUUGGGAUAGCUCGAAAGAUUUUGGAUCAAAGUGUGACUUCAAAUCUUAAUGUAAUAGCAUUUACAGCUCUUCUCGAUGGGUACAUCAAGCUCGGAGAUAUAAACCCUGCUAGACAAAUAUUUGACUCGUUGAGAGACCGUGAUGUGGUUGCGUGGACAGCAAUGAUAGUUGGUUAUAUGCAAAAUGGCUUCAAUGAUGAUGCAGUCAAACUUUUUCGGUCAAUGGUUAUAGAUGGCCCCAAGCCUAACAGCUAUACUCUAGCAGCUAUGUUGAGCGUGAGCUCAAGCCUGGCUUCUUUAGACCAUGGAAAACAAAUCCACACAAGAGCAAUUAGGUUCGGGGAAUCAUCAUCUAUUUCAGUGAGUAAUGCUUUGAUCGCCAUGUAUGCCAAAGCUGGAAGCAUCAAUGGUGCAAGGCAUGUAUUUAAUUUGAUACAUCAAAACAAAGAUACGGUCUCUUGGACUUCCAUGAUCAUUGCUUUAGCUCAACAUGGACUCGGAGAAGAAGCUAUGGAAUUGUUUGAGAAGAUGUUGAAUGUUGGUAUUAAGCCCGAUCAUAUUACAUAUGUUGGCGUGCUUUCUGCGUGUACGCAUGUGGGAUUGGUAGAACAAGGCCGGUUCUACUAUAAACUGAUGAAAGAUACACAUGGAAUCGAACCAACCUUGAGUCAUUAUGCUUGUAUGAUUGACUUGUUUGGGCGUGCUGGGCUGCUCCAAGAAGCUCAAGCUUUCAUAGAAAGCAUGCCAAUUGAGCCGGAUGUCAUAGCUUGGGGUUCACUUUUGGCUUCGUGUAAAGUUCACAAAAAUGUGGAGCUAGCGAAAUUUGCAGCCGAGAGGUUGCUUCUUAUCGAGCCUGAGAAUAGCGGGGCCUACUCGGCCCUCGCUAAUGUUUAUUCUGCCUGUGGAAAAUGGGAAGAUGCUGCUAAGAUUAGGAAGUCGAUGAAGGAUAAACAGGUGAAAAAAGAACAGGGUUUUAGUUGGGUUCAGAUUAAGAACGAAGUCCAUGUCUUCGGGGUUGAUGAUGGGUUGCACCCUCAGAGAGAGGUGAUUUAUCGAAUGAUGGAAAAAAUUUGGAAGGAGAUAAAAAAGUUGGGUUUUAUUCCCAACACUGAUGCGGUAUUACAUGACCUUGAUGAAGAGGUUAAAGAGCAGAUUCUUAGACAUCAUAGUGAAAAGCUUGCCAUUGCAUUUGGUCUGUUAAAUACGCCGGAGAACACUACUUUGAGGAUUAUGAAGAACCUUAGAGUCUGCGAUGACUGUCACUCCGCAAUAAAAUUUAUCACCAAACUUGUGGGGAGAGAAAUCAUUGUGAGAGAUGCUACUCGGUUUCACCAUUUCAGGGGUGGCUCAUGUUCUUGUCACGAUUAUUGGUAACCGAACCACUAACAGAAAUAGCUGAUACACUAACAGAAACACACUUGUUACAGUAUAUUGUUUGAUUAUUUUUCAAUGCCCUUGUAUACUGUGGUGGCCAAUUCAGCUACAAUACAAGGUUACUUACUUUAAUCAGCUGUUUGCUGGUAAUGAUGUGGAUGAAUUUAGUUCAAUUUUGAAGCGUGAAUGCACUCCAAAGAUAUUGAACACGACUUUCCGUUUCAACUCUACUAGGGGGCCUGCUUUCAUAUCAGAAUUGCUUUCUGUAAUGCCAAAUGCUCAUUACUACAAGAGAGGAACCUAUGACUUGAAAACGGCUAAUACAGUCUGUUUUUCACGAUCAGCGAGAUUUUAUAUUCUUUCGCCAUCAGCGGUACAUUUUUUAAACCAAAGAAAAUAAACAGAGUGAGUCAAAAGGUAAAAAGGUCAAGGACAAUAAGGACGAAAAUGGCACUCAAGACAAAACAAUUGCCUGCCUUCAGGAAUGUGGUCCUUGUCUCACGCUGAAGUUGAUCAGUCUGCAGCAUGGAACAUUUGAAAUAAAAGGCGGUGAAUAUGAGUGGGUUCACAAGCCGGAAAUGGACACAAGUGGCACAAGGUUUUUCUUGUGAUGUGAUUUUGGUAAUCUCGCAACCAAGUUUCUUGGUACUUGGCAAAAGAGUAAUCAAAGAAGACUGGAAAUUUUGAAAGUCCAUACCUUGUAAUGCGAAGCUAGUUAUUUGUAGCAUUUGUCGCCCUCAAUGGCCACUCAGUUUUUUUGUGUAUGCAUUAUUCUGUUUUUUUGUUGGUGCUAAUUGAUAACCCUUUAUAAAUUGUUUUGACCUUUCCUUUUUCAGACAAUGUGGCAAGAAAAAGUCCCAAACUUACAUGAGAAUGUAUUUGUUUUCC